AUGUCGAACAAGUACCAGAUAUCGACGGACGGGGACCUCGUCAUCGACCGGGUGGACGUGGCCGACGCUCGCCGAAAGUACCGCUGCAUCACCAGGAACGCGCUCGUCGGCGAGACCGUGUCCAGUUCCGGAUGGGCGCAGCUGCUCGUCACCGACACGUCCAACUACCUGCCACCCCGCAUCCGUCGCCUGAAGCAGACCGUGAGGCUAUCCGCAGGGGACCCCCUGCGGCUGGCUUGCGUCGCCCAGGGCUACCCGGCGCCCUCGUACCGCUGGUUCCGCAAGGACGACUCCCUCGUGCUGCCCAUGGCCACCGGCGGCGGCGGCCGGGUCCGAGUCUUCCGGGGCUUCCUCCUGAUCCAGUCGACCGUGCGCCAGGACGCUGGCACGUACGUCUGCGCCGCUAACAACUCGGCCGGUGAAGACCGCACGCAGUUCGAGGUCGUCGUGACAAUGUCCCUGAAGGUGAGCGUGAGCCCCGGCACGGUGUUGACGCAAGAGGGCAAGACGGUCGUGUUCAACUGCUCGGUGCGGGGCUUUCCGGUGUCCUCGGUGAGCUGGAUGAAGAACCAGCAGCUGCUCGUUCCCAGCAACCGUGUGCGCGCCGUCGGACAGACUGUGCUACACAUCAGCGGCGUCCAGCGCGCCGACCGGGGAAUGUACCAGUGCGUCGCCCACGGCCACGACAGCUCGGCGCAGGGCGCGGCGCAGCUUGUGCUCGAAGAAAAUCCCCCGGACUUUCUGGAGACGUUCCCGGACCAGCUGCUUAAGCCGGGCUCUGCGGUCUCCCUCAAGUGCUCCGUGACGGGGAACCCACUGCCGCAGAUCUCCUGGUUCCGCUACGGACGCCUCCUCUCCGACCGCUCGGGACUCCGCAUCGGCGAUUUUGUGGACGCUUCCGGCGUUGUGACGAGCUUCGUGAACGUGAGUUCCCUGGCGACGGAGCACGGCGGCGUGUACAGCUGCCGGGCCGAGAACGAGCUGGCCUCGGUGGAGCACACGGCCCGGCUGUCGGUGUACGGCCCGCCGUUCGUGCACCGCAUGGACAACGUGACCCACGUGAGCGGCUCCGAUGCGCGGAUGCAGUGUGCGGCCUCGGGGUACCCCAUUACACUCAUCUCCUGGAAGAAAGCCAAGCCGGUUAUCAAUCCGUUCCUGUUCAUGAAGAACCUACAGGAAGGCAUGCGCACCACGGUGGUGUGCAGCGUGCUUUCCGGCGAGCCCCCCGUCGAGAUCGACUGGCUCAAGGACUCGGCGCCGCUGAGCGAGGUCCACCCGGAGGCCAAGAUCACGCGCCUGGGGGACUUCGCCUCCUCGCUCACCAUGGACAACGUGACCCGGAGACACUCGGGCAACUACAGCUGCAAAGCGACCUCGGGCAUCGCCACCACCAACUACACCUCCAGGAUGGACGUGAGCGGUAAAAAGAACGAGAAGCUGUCCGAGUUUCGCAGCGUCGUGAGCAGUCCCCACAUGCACGUGCUGGAGAACGGAUCCCUGGUGAUCGUCGAAGUGACGCCCAAGGACCAGGGUCACUACCUCUGCGAGGCCAGCAACGGUGUGGGUCCGGCGCUUUCUGUGGCCGCCUACCUGCAAGUGAACGUCGACAUCUGGUGGCUGCGUGGUGAACUUCAAAAAUCGAUCGCCGAACCCAACUACACUUUUAAGUUUGGUCGAUAG